AUUAAAAACUGUAGUUUAAUCUCCAGAUAAGUUAUUCAGUUUUAUUUUACGUAAUGAUGAACCAACACAAAACAACUUUAAAAUGUUACAAUUUUGGUAUUUGUCUUCAUCCCUGAUUCAUAUAAACCAAAAGAUUUACUUCCUUUAAAGAGACGUUGGUGAGAAAUUUACCUUUUAAGACUAUUUACAUAAAACAGUGCGAAAUAAAGUCAUAAAUUGUCCCUAUAGUUAAAAUAAAGAUCUUAAAAUCUGUUUAUCGUUUGUAAAACUAGCAGAGCUCCUGUUAACAGGUGGCCGCAAGACGACUUUAUAUCGGUGCAAAUUAUAGUGAGAAUCUGGAAUAUUUUCUUUAAAUUUACUAUCUGCUCUUAAUCAAACAGAAAAACGUUCCUGUUAUUUUUCACUAAAUAUGUUUUGAUGGUUUUUCUUUACUCAAUUUGCUGGAUUAUUGGAGCAGAAACCUGUAAUUUGUGGCUAAUUGACUCCGAGCAGGCGAGGCCGUCUCCGAUCGGAUCCGGUCGGGUCUCUGCGGCGGCGCUGCUGCAGAGCGGCGAGUUUUAUUGUGAAAGGACGGCCAAACCCGACGCGCCGCAGCAGCAGCAGCACCUGAAACGUCACCUCUCUGCAUCUGCGGUGGGAACCGGGACGUUUUUUUUUUUUUUUUUUUCCAGCACAACAUUAAUUAGGCAGAAGCCACGCCUGCACUCUGUUCAAACUUCUUUUUUCUCCCAGGGAAACCGGCAGGAAAAUGUGUGUUUACAGUUAGCAGGCUGUGUCUGCAGGAUUAUGAACAAAGAUGCGUCUGAAGGCACGGAUGACGACGGCGUCAGCGGUCUGACGAGGCGCCGAUACCAUCAGCGAUGAUCGGUGGCCGGCUUUUAUCUUCUACUGGAACCCGCAGGACGCGACCCGAAAGCGGCGCUGGCAGGUGAGAGGCGGGCGGGCGGACUGGUUACUGGAUCAGAACCGGCGUCCUGAGGAGGUUCUGCUGCUGCGGCUGCAGGAUGGGCUGAAGCGGUCCGUUCUGGCAGAGAGGCGCCGUCUUCGUUCACACCGGAACCAGCGGCAGGAGGCGCCGACGCACGGAGCAGGUAAGGCUGCAGGCGCCUCUCCGCUCCACCUUCAGUCUGAAGGAAUAGGAGUUUCAGCUCCCAGAGGGACGCGGCGGCUUUAAAAGGACAUAAUUAGGUGUCAAUGAUGGGAAUUGAGCUGCAGAGUGAGUGAAGCAGGCGUCCGUCACGCUCCACGCUCACUUCUCAUUUCACCUCUGGUUGCAGCCCGCUGGAGCCUGCGCUGAGGAAUUAUCUCCUGUCGGGACCCGGCCAAGUGGACUAACAGGGGCGGAGGCGGGGGGGGCGGGGGGGUCCACGCCAUGCUGUCCGCCGCCGUCCAGAUCCUGGCGUUCGCCCUGGCGCUGCUGGGGCUCCUGGGGGCCACGGUGGCCACGCUGCUGCCCAACUGGAAGGUGAGCGUGAACGCGUGGACCAGCGUCAUGGCGCCCGUCUCGCAGAUGCGGGGUCUGUGGAUGGACUGCGUGUGGUACAGCUCCGGCGUCUUCAGCUGCACCCUGAAGGACUCGGUGCUGUCGCUGCCGCCGUCCCUGCAGGCGAUGCGCGCCGGCAUGGUGCUGUCCUGCAUGGUGGCCGCCUUCGGGCUCUGCCUCGCCACCCUGGGGCUCAAGUGCACCCGCUGGGGGGGCGGCCGCCGAGCGAAGGGGCACACGGCCAUGGCGGCGGGGGGCUGCCUCGUCCUGGCCAGCCUCCUCUGCCUGGUUCCGGCGUCGCUCUUCACCAGCGAAGUCAUCACCGCCUUCCUGACCACCGACCUGCCCGACAGCAGCAAGUACCAGCCCGGCGGCGCUCUGUGCGUCACGUUCGUCUCCGCCGGUUUCCUGCUGGCCGGGGGGGUCAUUCUCUGCCUGUCCUGUCCGGGGAGGACGUCCGGGCGUCCGGAAAUCGCCUCCUCCUCCUCCACCUCCGACAACGACGACGACCCAAACGGGCCGACGCAGAAGAGCAGCGAGCGGCGCAAGCAGGAGCCCAAAAACAAGAAGAAGAAGAGCAAAAGCGUCCAGCUGCAGACGGACGAGGUGAGGCGGGAGGAACCGGCAGCGAACCGGCAGCCGAGGCUCUCCUGCUCUCCCUGCAAACUCCCCCAGAAAGACCUGAAGGACAACUACAGCCUCCAGGAGUACGUUUAACGCUCCGGCUGAGGGAAAAUGUGGAGUUUCAGCGAGGCGCUCUGAACUGGGGGGAGGUGUGUGUGUGUGAAGGGGGGGUAAUUGCUAAAUGUUGUAAAUGACAGAUUGUAGAUUCAGCCGAAUGGCUCAGAAGCAGAGCCCUGGGUCUCUAAAGGGAGGAAAAAAAAUGAAGCUCAGAGGCACAAAAAAUAAAAACGCUGUGAAACCUUUAAAAAACGGGCUGGCAGGCCGCUGCAGCUUCACCAGAACCAAAAAAAAGGUCCGAAGACGAGAAGAACUAACCGAACCCGAAGAGAAACAAGCACUUUCAGCUCAGACUGAAACCAAAGAGCCGUUUCAGCUGCCUUCUGUGACAGGGCCGCUUCCGACGCUUCUGGGGACCGGGGCUGGUUUUUACCAACAUGGCCCCCGCCGUCCCACCGCAGUCACAGCCUUCCAACAUAAAGUUUGUAUUUUUUAUGCCGUAUGUUGAUGCGAUGCUUUGUGCAUUCAAAGAGCUUCGAUCUCAAUCCCAACAGGAAAACCACUUAGUUUCACCUGCAGAAAUGUGAAGAAUGAUAGCAGUCAGGCUGCAGCUGGAAACACAAGUUAACCCACUAAAAACAAGAGAAAUGAUGCAAGAAAGUUAAGAAAAACAAAAAAACUUUUUGUCUCUCUUCUUUAAUAUCUCUUGUUUAAGCUCAGCUAAAAUAUAAAAUAAAUACAGAGUCAUACAGGCACAUCUAAAUCAGUUAGAAUAUUAUCGAAACACUAAUUUAUUUUAGUAAUUUCGUUUAAAACAUGAUAGUUAUAUAUUAUGAUGACGUGUUUCACAUGUUUAUUUCUGCUAAUAGACACAAUUACAGGUUAAAGAAUUCAAUUUCUCAGCUAGUUAAAUAUAGUUAACGUAACACUAAUAAAAACAUAAUUUUUAAUGCAGAAAGGAUAUCAAAGCAGCCAUAAAUGCACAUGGAAAUGAACCUACAGUGAACCUCCUAAAUACAAAACCAUACAUUGGACUCAGAACCCUGCAAAUGCAUUCAGCAGCAGUCUGGUUCUAAUUCAGGUUCUUUACCAUCUUAUUUUUCUUGGUGAUCCGUUAAAGUCGUCAGGUUUUGCUCUAAUUAGCGGCUUGAGUCUGGCUCAGAAAGUGUUAACGUUGUUUUAUCAUCAAACACAUUAGCAGCUACUUCCUUUAAUUUUUUUGUACAUUUUGUUUUGCAAGUCAAAUUAUAUUUUUGCACAAUGUCAAAGGGCUUUCAUCGCAAAAAAGCAGUGACUGUGCAACACGAUGAGAGAAAACAAGCAUCACCAGAGUCUGAAACGUCUGGCAGCAGCUCCUGGUUUUGAUCGUCGGCCAUGAUUGUUCUGGCGAGGGGGAGGAGCUUAAUGUCCGCGUGUCUGCAGCGAUGCUACAAGCUCUGCACCGAUUUGUGGACAUGAAAAUAGCUCAACGUGAAUGUAUUUUGAUGCAAAUUACUUUCUUUGAAGAAUAUGUUUUUACUAUUAAACAUAUUGAAGUGCUGAAUGUUUUGGAUUAGUCCACUAGGGGGCGAUGAUGACAUCAGAAUACGUCCAUAGUGCGGCUAAAGCAGUGUUGGGCUAAAUCUUUAACCAAACCCAGUGUAGCUCAGCUUUUCUUUAUCUCUAGUCGUUUUUCUUCUCAGUUUCUAACUUCUCCUGCUAAAACUUGAAAUUUGUUGGAAACAGCGUCAGGACAAAGUUAGGCAGAUGCAAAAAAAAAAAAAAAAACCCAUAAAAACAGGUAAAUCAUCAAGUUUCCAGCUCUCAAAGCCAUAAUAUAUCUAUAGUUCAAAUAAAUCUCUAUAGUCUAAAUAGAAUCAUCCAGACAUUUAUAUAUAUUGAAGAAAAAAAACAUGUUUUAGAUGCAUGUGGGUCAGAGGUGCAAAUUCAGUACCAUUUUCACACCGGUGUAAAAAUUAGCCUGAAGCAAAUAGAUUUAGGUGUUUUUUUUUUCCAUUUGUUGAAAGAAAAUUGAUCAAACUAUCCUGACUUAAUGUAAUCUCUCUUUAAAACUUGAAAAAAAAAACAUUUUUCUUUUACAGUCUUUUAACAAACCGCCAGCUGCCUUGGAAAGUUUGUCUGUUUUUGGUAUUUGGUGGAAAAAAAAACCCCUGCAGGAUUUUAGCUGGAAACUCGCUUACAAAGCUGCUUUUUUUUUUUUUUUUUUUAUGACCAGCGGUACUGAAUGUGUGUCGAAUUUUUUAACUUGGGUUUUGCUCUGAUCUCAUCAAUAAUUUCUAGAACAACCUUCAGCUGCUGCUUGUCCUCGCCGCUUUAGAUGCAGUUUACAGCUUACAGUUGUACCCUCCUGUGUCAGAAGCAAUAAAAUAAAAAAUAUGCCGAGCUUCUCA